GUCGCAGACUUCUUGGAGACGAAAGAACGACUUAAAGGUUUAACGUAAACCAUACCAUAACGUUAACGGCGUCGCAAGUAACCUAACAAUUGGCCGCGCCGCCCUCUUAACUUUCCAUUGACUACCAAGGAAAGUUCUUCCACACACACACACACACACACACACACACACACACACGUAGUUAAUAUAUAUAACUGCAAAAGGUUGUGCUGAAAGAAGUGUGGAUCUCAAAGACAGAGGUAUACAGAAUUCAUAGAGAUACAGAGGAGAUAGACCAUCUGAACCUGCUUAUUUCUUCAACAAAUAUCGAGAGUAUCAGCCUGUACUCUCGAAAUGGCACUGGCAAGAAUAGCAAGACACGGUUGUUACAGACGAUCGUUUGGUGCCGUUAGCAAUAAUGCUACCGAGUCUCGGUAUCAACUGUGUGGGAGAGAAUCUGCACAAAAGUAUCAUUCACUUCUCGGUGGAAAUGUUACUGGCUCUGGCAAUUUAUUGAGCUUUAAAAAGGCAGAACAUAUCAGUUUUGGAAACAGGGGAAUGAGGGUGACUCCACAACAUAAUUUUGCUCAUUCACAAGUAGCAGUGGCAGAAUCUGAUUCAGAGCAAGAAAGCCCCCAGUAUCCUACUUUAGAAGCAACAAAGCCUGGUGAAAAGCCUAGAGUAGUUGUUCUUGGUAGUGGAUGGGCAGCAUGUAGAUUCCUCAAAGGGCUCGACACGAAGAUUUAUGACGUGGUUUGCAUAUCACCAAGGAAUCACAUGGUAUUUACUCCCCUGCUUGCCUCAACUUGUGUUGGAACGUUGGAAUUCCGAUCGGUUGCGGAGCCGGUCAGUAGGAUACAGACUGCACUGGCUAAGGAUCCCAAUUCUUACUUCUUUCUGGCUUCAUGCAGUGGAGUGGACAUGGACAAGCAUGAAGUGUACUGUGAGACCAUUGGUGAUGAUGGACUUUCUCGUGGACCUUACCGAUUUAAAGUAGCGUAUGACAAGCUUGUCAUUGCUUCUGGAGCUGAGCCCUUGACCUUUGGUAUAAAGGGUGUUAAGGAACAUGCCUUUUUCCUUCGUGAGGUGACUCAUGCCCAAGAAAUAAGGAAGAAACUUCUUUUAAACCUGAUGCUAUCUGAAAAUCCAGGUAAACACUCCAAACUGCUAUCAUAUAAAAAAGGAAAAUGGAAUUUAAUUAUAUAGAAGAUAGGACAUGUUAUUUUACACUAACUCUGACAGAAGAAAAUCACACAAUAUUCUUGGUCACUCACUAGUAGCUCACAAAGUUUUGCUAAAAAGGCAUGUAUGAGUUUGAACUUCUGUAUUCCUGAAUGCCGGACUAUUGGGACCUGCUAUUUCAAUCAAUUUCUGGAAGAAAAUAACAGGUAAUCUGUUUGUUGCGUGAGUAUGAAACUAAUAGAUCUGAUACUAAAAUUCUGAUAUAAACAUAUU